ACUCUCGAUCCACAGACUGGAUCAAUCACCUUCAAACCUGUACAAAAGAUUGAUAAAGGAAACUACACUUGUGAAGUAGUUUCAACUAAACUUGGUGGUCACACAUUUGACCCUAUCUCUGCUGUAGUCAUAGGUAAGGUACACUGUGAGGCUUUUGCUCCACGAGAGAAUACAGAUCAUGACACGGGGCCACAAUAUCAUCAGCGAUCGUCAACCAUUUUGAUUAUUAAGUCACAACUUAAAGCACGAGAAAAAUUAUCGAUAUUUGUAUCUUCCGCAGUUCACCAAUUAAUCGGUGUAUAGUACUUUACUCCUGUUUUCUAUAAAAUUAGCAUAGUGGAAACGUACAUAUUGAAUUAAAAAUUGCCAAUGUAUGCAAGCAAUGACGACACAUUGAUACAGCGUUACGUUAGCCUGUACGUAAAGUAAAAUCCCCACAACUCCCCCUAGGAUUUGGUACAAUUUGAAAAUAAAAAGUGGACAAUUUUGGAAACAGGUCUUCCUCUCGCUGAAAUUUGUGAAUAUAUUCACUUCAAAUGGACGUUAGCCCUGUUAAAUUGCGUCUUUGGUGCUUGUAUUCAGCGAUCAUGGUGAACUUGAAACUACGUAGCGUAUAUUAUGCUCCUCCGACAUCCUUAUUGUCAAUGAGUGGCCACUAUAACAAUCAUUGAUUAGUGACAGGGUAGUAAGCUGACUUGAUUAACUUCAUGCAAUUUGUGACAAAUAUCAUGGUUUUCCUUGCCCCCAUGCAACUGUUAACACGUUAAGCGCUUAAAACGUUGACAAAGCUAAUAAGAUUGUCUGAUUGAAGCACUGUCUUUUUUUUUCUACAACAGAGAGCCCCCAAAUCAACAAGUAUGAAGGAGAUCCUGUAAAUCGCAGUCUCACUCAAGGUUCCAACAACACAUUUCACUGUGAUAUUAAGAAAGGUACCCCAAAACCAACUGUCACUUGGUACUUUGGAUGGGACGAUACAUUAAAGAAGGUCGAUCCUCAAUAUGACAGCCGGUACUCCCAUCCAACAGAAGAAGAAUGGACAAUUACUGGUAUUACUAUGGCAGAUAAAGGCAAAUACAGGUGCAUUGUGAAUAACGAGGCUGGGGAGGAUAGCCUGAGGUUUGAAAUCACCGAAGUUGAUGGUGAGUUU